AAGUGCACGAGGGUGGCUGAAGAGUUGUAGAGGGAAAGUGUUGAUUGGUGAAUGACUGAAAGUAGUGAUAGAUGAAUGUGACGAAUAGAAAAAAUUUAAAUUGAUGAGCGAGAUGUAUUGAAAUGAGUAUAUAGAGGAAGUGUAGAUGAGUGAAUGACAGACUGAAGUGUGUACAUAGAGAAAACAGACUGAUGAACGAAAUACGUAUUAUUAUUAUUAUUAUUAUUAUUAUUAUUAUUAUUAUUAUUAUUAUUAUUAUUAUUAUUAUUAUUAUUAUUAUUACUAUUUUACCACCAUUCAUUUGUACGUAAAUAACAUCACACCAGUUUAUAGUUUCAGUAAGCUGGAAACACUACACCACACUUACAUAACUGACCAUAGAAACCAUUCAUAUUUACAGUUACAGACCAAGACGAGUAAUAUUUGUAGAAAACAUGACUUAAUUCACCUUCUUAUGUUAACAGUCUAACCAGCAGAGCCUCGAGGAAAUUACUGCGGAGAGAAGAUGAAAAAACUCGUGUACUUUCUCUGCCUAGCUCUUCUACUUGUCUCUCUCGCUAUUGUGAUCAUUGUCAGCUUGGUGAUAAGUAAGAAUGAGAGCUUAGGUGACGGGCUCGAGUUCUGGCAGAAGGGAAUCAUCUACCAGGCGUACCCUCGCUCUCUCAAGGAUGCAAACCGUGACGGAACCGGCGACCUGCUGGGCGUUACUUCAAAGGCCGACUACCUGGCGAGUCUGGGUAUCGGGGCGGUGUGGCUGAGUCCAUUCUUCCAGUCACCCAUGAAGGACUUCGGUUAUGACAUCUCCAACUACACUGCUGUUGACCCCAUCUUUGGCACCAUGGCAGACUUUGAGGAGAUGGUCCAGGAGCUCCACACACGCGGUCUGAGAGUGGUGCUGGAUUUCGUCCCAAACCACACCAGUGACCAGCAUGAGUGGUUCCAGAGAUCCCAGAGGCGAGAGGAUCCCUAUACAGACUACUAUGUAUGGGCUGAUGCAAAGGAAACAGAUCAGGCGGGUCUUCCUUUACCACCAAACAACUGGCUGAGCGUUUUCCGUGGCUCAGCGUGGGAGUGGAGUGAGGAGAGAGGCCAGUUCUACUACCACCAGUUCCUCGCAUCCCAGCCUGACCUUAACUUCCGGAGUGAUGCCGUCAGGAAGGAGAUGAAGAAGGUCCUUAACUUCUGGAUGGACAAGGGUGUGGAUGGUUUUCGGGUAGAUGCCGUGAAGCACCUGUUUGAAGUGCAAGAUCUGAGCCUGGAUGAGCCACUAACACCAGGACACCUUGAUCCCGAUGACUACAACUCCCUGCAGCACACCUACACCAGCAACCAGCCUGAGAACCUGGACCUUGUGAGGGAGUGGCGGGCCCUUCUUGAUGGACGUUCGGAGAAAGUAAUGAUGGUGGAAGUCUUUGCUGACACUGUGGAGGAAGUGAUGAAGUACUAUGGCAGUGAAGAAGAUCCCUUGGCUGACUUCCCCUUCAACUUCUUCCUUAUUGACAACUUCCAUGGCCGAAAGGACCUGAGCGGGGAGUCCCUGAUGGCCACAGUGUCCCUCUGGCUGGACAACCUCCCUGCUGGCAAGUGGCCGAACUGGGUGCUUGGGAACCACGACAACAACCGCGUGUCAAGCCGUCUGGGGACUGACCUCAUAGACGCCCUCAACAUGAUGGCUCUCCUGCUGCCUGGAACCCCGGUCACUUACUACGGCGAAGAGAUAGGUAUGGAGGACACCUUCAUCAGCUGGGAGGACACCAAGGACCCACAAGGGUGCCGCUGGGGGCCGGAGCACUACCAGGAGUACAGCCGGGACCCUGCCAGGACGCCAAUGCAAUGGGAUGACACUGAUCUGGCAGGGUUCACUGGCAGCAACACAACGUGGCUUCCUGUCAACCCGAACUACACCAAGGUGAACGUGGCGAGGCAGACGGCAGCAGCAACGAGCCACCUCAAGGUGUACCAGCAGUUGGCACAGCUGAGGAGGGAAGAAACAUUUGCACGGGGCAACACCACCUUCCCAGUCAUCACUAAGGAUGUCUUCAGCUUCAUGAGGACUCUUGAGGGGUCAGAUGACUACCUGGUGGUUAUAAACACUUCAGAGGAGGAGAUCAAAGUCGACCUACUCAAGGACACCACCCAGACAUUGCCAGCAGAAGGAACCGUCGUGAUCCGCUCUGUUUCUGACACUUCCUCUGCCACACAACCAGGGUGUAUGGUUCCCCUUCACGCCCUUCCCUUGGUGGGAGGAGAGGGUCUUGUGCUGAGCCUGGCCGAGGAAGACCAUUGAGUGUUUCUGGCCCAUCAGUGCAGCUCACCACGCCUUCUACUAGAACAUGUGGAGCCAAACUGUGUCCAGCAAUACGCAUGAUUAAGGAAGUCACUAGUCAAAACUUUUAAUGAAUUUUAAGAUUUAAAAGCUAGAGUUAAGUAUUUGUGGCCCAUCAGUGCAGGGCAUCACUUUUCUACAUAAGAUAAACUUAUCACUAAUUUCUGGCAAGGUAAAAUGGGGCUAGAAAUGCUCCAAACAGUGAGAUGUAGAACCAGCGAAGGGCUGUAGUUACAGUGUAUUGUUUGGAACUGCAAUAAAACCGAAAUGUAUAAA